CCCAUCGCGUGGCCCCUGUUAAUUGGUCCACGGGGCUGGAGGUGACAGGAGAGGAGUUGGAGCGGGCUGUGUCGCGAAUGAAGCGCGGCACGGCGCCGGGGCCAGACGGCAUCCCAGGCCGUGCUCUGGCCCUGGCAGUGGCCACUCUGGGGGACGGACUGAGGCAGAUGUUUAACACCUGCCUCCGCCAUAGCACGUUCCCCACCAGCUGGAAAGAGGCGCGAAUGGUCCUCCUGAAGAAGGAGGGUAGGCCUGCGGACUCACCGUCCGCAUACCGGCCCAUUUGUUUGCUGGACGAGACGGGCAAGCUCUUCGAGCGGGUGCUCGCUGCUCGUCUCGUUCAGCACCUGUCGCGGGACGGCCCGGACUUGGCGGAUUGCCAAUACGGCUUCCGGCAGGGACGAUCGACGAUGGACGCCAUUUUACGCGUUCGGUCCCUGUCGGAGCAGGCCGUUUCCCAGGGCAAGGUGGCAUUGGGCGUCUCACUUGACGUCACCAAUGCAUUUAACACCGUGCCCUGGGAGAAGAUACGGGAGGCGCUCGUUGCCCAUCGGGUGCCCCCGUAUCUUCGGGAGGUGAUCGGGUCGUACCUUAGCGACAGGAGGAUACACUUUGUGGGCCGGUACGGAGAGCUGCACCACCGGGUAGUGGACUGCGGGGUUCCGCAGGGGUCGGUGUUGGGCCCCCUUUUGUGGAACCUCGCAUACGAUGCAGUUCUCCGGGCUGAUCUUCCCCACGGCGUGUAUGUCAUCUGUUACGCCGAUGACAUUUUCAUACUCGCCGUGGAGGAGGACUUCGGGAGGACCAUUCGGCUCGCCGAAGUAGCGGUGGCUACUGUCGUCGCGCGGAUUCACGCACUGGGUUUGAGCGUGUCUGAGGCCAAGACAGAGGCCAUGUUUUUCCAUGGCCUCCCACGUCGGUCUCAGCCGCCCCCGUCGUGGAUCCGCGUUGGAGACUCCUAUGUCAGGGUGAGCCAGUACAUUAAGUACCUAGGGCUCACCCUCGACGGCCGUUGGUGUUUCGAUGAGCACUUCGACCGCCUGGCCCCCCGACUGCUGGCAACGGCAAAUGCCCUUUGCGGCAUUUUGCCUAACCUCGGGGGGCCAAGGGAAAGUGUGCGUCGCCUCUAUUUGGGGGUGGUGCGGUCCAUGGCGCUGUAUGGGGCGCCGGUUUGGAGCGCCGACCUGGUGGCCAGUCGUCGCAGUCUGGACUCGCUACGUCGAGUUCAGCGUCGGCUGGCUAUCCGGGUCGUGAGGGGGUACCGCACCAUCUCGUACGAGGCGGCGACCCUCCUGUCGCGAUUCCCGCCU